AUGAAAAUGAUCUUCCCAGUGUCCACUAAGAUGAACAUAUUGGUGUGGCUUUUGGCAGCUACGCAUUUUUUCGGAUGCACUAUGGCAGAUGAUGAUCACGCGCCAGUGACACAUAUUCUAACCAAGCGAGCAAUGUACUAUAGUCCAUAUGCGAUGUAUCCGUCAAGCCAGGGAGCAUAUCCUAACAUGCCAUAUGGAAUUCCGUCCUACUAUGUUUCCUCAUUGGAAUCCCAACUGGUCACGACAUUGAAAUAUAGGCUGUCAGCGCGAUGUUACUCUUCAGUUGUUCGGAAAGUCUUGCUGACGCGUGAAAUUAUGUGAUUUUUGGCAGAUGUUAGAAUGAUAUUACUCUGCGCCCCAUAACGUUCUCUACCCCCGUUGAAAAAUUUGCAAUGUAACAGUUUUUAUCAAAGACUUCGCAUUUGAUAGCUUCAAUUUCUUCUUACCCUUUGGAUGGUACGAAAUGUAGUCAUAGCAUGAACUGAAGUGGAAAUAUCCUGUACAAGAUGAGC